UAUCCAAUGCGAGACAAGAACCCACAUCCAAGGUGAGCAUUCAACCAAGACACGAUGGCAAAUAACAGACCCGUUUACAUCUAGCAGGGUCCAUCAAUAGCAGAUGGACCUAGAGGCUGCAUCUGGUUUCCCACCCCCAUUACACAUCAGCCCAUCAGUCAUCUGUACUGAAGAACAAGCUCGUGGGAGGACUACACUAGAGAGGGGCCGCAUUCUGGACCCGCUAAAUUAGAAUGUGGUUGACGGGCAUCGGCUUUCUUUCGGCACCGGCCCCAGUCUAUCUUCUGGCCAGUCCGUUCCAGUUGUCGCUCUCAGACCGGCGCUAGCGAUGAACCCGGUUGGUUGGUUGGCAAGUUGGUUGCGUGCGAGGCGUGCAGGCCGAGUGCGGUACAAGACAGGCGCCUGCUGUGUUGGAAUGUUGGCCGCCAUGUGUUCCUUUUAGUUUUGUCUAGUACAUAAUCUGUAUUGACCACAAAGUCUGGUUUACGGGUUUUGGGGGCAACUAACUCAGUGUGCACGCGAAGGCUUUCGUGCUGAGUCAGAUGACCAUGAAGACGGCGGCGGCGGCGGCGGCGGUAUGGUCUGGUCUGGCCUGGCCUGGUCUCAUUUGAAAUCAGGGACGCCCCACUCACCAACAAUGGGGCAGGGACGGGACAGUCGUCAUCUUGCCUGCUUGCGAGAGGCGUGGGUUGGUGUUUCGCGAACAGGAUGGGAUCAAAGAGGGGAAGGGUUCCUCACUGCCUGACUGCCGGCUGGUCCCAUAUGCCAGUUCUGAAUACUGAACAUCAUGUGCCUCUGCGAACGGUCUCACCCCUGCUGAUUCCUUUGCCAUCAUGCAGUCAACACCUCGUCUCAUCUAUUGUUGGCCUGUCUAGUGGGGGCUUAUCGCGCUUAGGCCGACUGCCACCCGGCCGUCGAGAUGCGCCGGGCGCGGCCCCUUCCUGCCCUGCGUCUGUCUGCACCGGCGCCCGUGCUGAUUCCAACUUUCCUAAAACACCACCUCUGUUCUCUUUAUUGUUCACAUUUCCCAUUUUCCCAUUUUCCCAUACCCUCCCCUUCUCGCCGCACGCCAACCCUCCCAACUUCUCCACAACACCAGCCCACCAUCCACUCCCCUCCGAGACACCCUAUCCUAUUGUCUUCCCUCGACUGAGCACUUCUACUGACUCCCACCCCCAUAUUUCGUCACGAGUCCUCUCGAGUCAACCCCCCCCCGACUCCCUCGCCCACCGAGGCCACACCGGACAGCCAACCCUAUCUGACCCGACAAACCCUCAGCCAGUGCAGAUCUGAGAAGCCUCGCCCUCCACAAUUACUCUUUCCAGUCCUCGACCCCCCCACCGCCAUCCUCGCGCCCUCAACGCGUCAGAAAAGCCAAAGUCAUCAAAUCAUGUCUCCCGACAGGCCCUCGCCCGCCGCGGCGAAGCAACGAAUCAUGGGGGACCUGAAGCAGGUGUCCUCGGAGAAAUGGGUCCGGGUCGACGCCGACGAGACAAACAUCUUCCGCUGGCAGGUUGCCCUGAUGGUGGUCAACCCCGAGAGCGCCUUCAACGGCGGUUACCUAAAGGCCGAGCUGGUCUUCCCCCACGACUACCCCUACUCGCCACCCAAGUUCCGUUUCCUGAGGCCCAUCUUCCACCCCAACAUCUAUCCCGACGGGCAGCUCUGCAUCUCCAUCCUGCACAAGCCCGGGGAGGACCUCAUGUCGGGCGAGAGCGCCACCGAGCGAUGGUCCCCGCUGCAGGGGGCUGAAUCCGUCCUACGAUCCAUUCUCCUCCUCCUCGACGACCCCGAGAUAAACUCUCCAGCCAACGUCGACGCUGGUGUCAUGUACCGAGACAACAGGAGAGCCUACAACGAGAAAGCUCGGAAGACGGUGGCCGACUCGCAGAAGGACAUCCCCGACGACUUCGUCAUACCGACCACCCUCGAGCCAGAGGCCCCUCCACCAAAGGCCAUGGACGAUGACUGGCUGAACGAGAGCGAGGAGGAAUUCGACUGGGAGGCUAGCGGCUCCGACGACGACAUGGAGGAUGACGAGGAUGAUGUCUAGGCAUGGCAAGCCAUCAUCUCUCGCCUUGCGUUGGACCUCUCAUUCUAGAAGUCCCGCCGAGGUCACUCAUGCUUCGGUAGCCCGUAGGAGGCCUUUCUCGCGCGGCGAGUCUCAGCCGGCACGAGGCACUCAAAUUACCUGCAUAGCGCGCUUUUACAACUUGGCUGGCGUUUGGGAAUUACACAAGGGGCCAGCAUGGGCACCACCGUCUCGGACUCUUAUCAGACAAGGUUUCUGGCUCACUGAGCCCGGCAUCAAGGACUGGCCGUGUGGAUAACCCCUUUUGAUUCGGGGCCAGAAGAAAAAAGGCGCCAGGGCGGGGAGGAAGGUAAUAUGGAAGGGCUGCAUUGCCCUCACAGUACCAUUAUAUCUGAACAAGGCUGCAUCAGAGGGCGCAGCCAGUUAUUGGAACCAUAGUCCACGGUCAACCAGUGGUGUCGUGGGGCAGAAAGCAUUUACUGCGCUUACUGGGAGUCAGAUUCAUCUUUUUGAGAUAGACAGGGAUACACAGAUUUGCUGUAA